UUUUCAGAGUCUCGGUCGCUGCUUUUCCUCGUCAGACCUGGCAACCCUGGUUGUGUCACAGAUACUUUAGUCCAGUUUACUUUCACUUCCUCCUGGACGGGUUUCUGGGCGUGGAGCUCCGUGUGAAGAUGAAGGUAGAAGGUGUGUGAGCUGAUGUGAAUCCAGCAGCAUGGAUCAGUGUGAGGACAGAGAGGAGGGAGUCCUUCCCUCCAAAACCUCCCUGAGGGGAAAAAAAAGAGUUGGAGAGAGUCGGAGAGAAGAAAAGAGGAGACGACCUGGACCUGGACCUGGACCUGAACCUGGACCUGGACCUGGACCUGAACCUGAACCUGAACCUGAACCUGAACCUGAACCUGGACCUGGACCUGGACCUGGACCUGGACCUGGUCCCAGCUGUGUGUCCUUGAAGAGUGAUGCAUCAAAGGAUAUACUUGUUUAUUUUAAAGAUACCCGACGUUCUCCCUCAGUGAGGAAACAAUCUGGACCUGGACCUGGACCUGGACCUGAACCAGGAUCUGGACCUGGACCUGGUCACAGCUGUGUGUCCUUGAAGAGUGAUGCAUCAAAGGAGUUUUUUAAAGAUGCUCCUGGUUUUCCUUCAGAGAGAGUGGACCAGCAGAUCUCAGAGUCCCCCAGUGUUCCGUCUGUCCAGCAGCAUCAGACCCAGCUGGACUCCGUCUUUCAGCUGCUGGAGAACGACAUCAUCAUGUUUGUGAAGGACGAGCUGAAGAAGAUCCAGAAGGUUCUGAGUCCAGAUUACCCAGAAUCCUCAGAGAGUCAGGAGGAGGAUGAAGAUGAAGAGCAGAAGAGCAUCAGAGAGACACUCGUAAAGAUCACAGUGAAGUUCUUGAGGAAGAGGAAGCAGGAGAAGCUGGCCGACCUCCUGCAGAGCAAUACCGUUGCUGCCGUUUGUCAAUCCAAACUCAAAGUUCAGCUGCAGAAGAAGCACCAGCAUGUGUCUGAGGGGAUCACUAAAGCAGGAGAGACAACCCUUCUGGAGCAGAUCUACACGGAGCUCUACAUCACAGAGGGAGGGACCGGAGAGGUCAAUGAAGAACAUGAAGUCAGACAGAUUGAAGCAGCUUCCAGGAAACCAGACAGAGCAGAAACAGCCGUCAGACAGGAAGACAUCUUUAAACCCCCACCUGGAAGAGAAGGACCAAUCAGAACGGUGAUGACGAAGGGAGUGGCCGGCAUCGGGAAAACAGUCCUAACACAGAAGUUCAGUCUGGACUGGGCUGAAGGCAGAACCAACCAGGACAUCCAGUUCCUGCUUCCAUUCACCUUCAGAGAGCUGAAUAUGCUGAGAGAGGAAAAGUUCAGCUUGGUGGAACUAGUUCAUGGAUUCUUCUCUGAAACCAGAGGAAUCUGUAGCUUUGAAGAGUUCCAGGUCGCGUUCAUCUUUGACGGUCUGGAUGAGAGUCGACUUCCUCUGGACUUCCACAACGCUACAAUCGUCAGUGACCCCAGAAGGUCCACCUCAGUGGACGUGCUGCUGACAAACCUGAUCAGGGGCAACCUGCUUCCUUCUGCUCGUCUCUGGAUCACCACACGACCCGCAGCAGCCAAUCAGAUCCCUCCUGAGUGUGUUGACAUGGUGACAGAGGUCAGAGGGUUCACUGACCCACAGAAGGAGGAAUACUUCAGGAAGAGGUUCAGAGAAGAGGAGAAGAACAGCAGGAUCAUCUCCCACAUCAAGACAUCACGGAGCCUCCACAUCAUGUGCCACAUCCCAGUCUUCUGCUGGAUCACUGCUACGGUCCUGGAGAACGUCCUCGAGAACGUCCUGGAGACCAGAGAGGGAGGGCAGCUGCCCAAAACCCUGACUGAGAUGUACAUCCACUUCCUGGUGGUCCAGGCCAAACUGAAGAAAGUCAAGAAUGACGGAGGAACUGAGACGGAUCCACACUGGACUCCAGAGAGCAGGAAGAUGGUGGAGUCUCUGGGAAAACUGGCUUUUGAGCAGCUGCAGAAAGGAAACCUGAUCUUCUAUGAACCAGACCUGAGAGAGUGUGGCAUCGAUGUCAGAGAGGCUUCAGUGUACUCAGGAGUGUUCACCCAGAUCUUUAGAGAGGAGAGCAGCCUGUACCAGGACCAGGUCUUCUACUUCAUCCAUCUGAGUGUUCAGGAGUUUCUGGCUGCUCUUCAUGUCCAUCAGACCUUCAUCAACUCUGGAGUCAACCUGCUGGGAGAUCAACGAACAACUCACCCUUCUUCAACCGGUUUCUAUCCGACAGCUGUGGACUGGACCUUCCAGAGUCCAAACGGACACCUGGACUUGUUCCUGCGCUUCCUCCUAGGUCUUUCAGUGGAGACAAAUCAGAACCUCCUACGAGGUCUGAUGACAUCAAACCAAAGAAGUUCACAGAACAAUCAGGAAACUAUCAAAUACAUCAAGGAGAGAAUCAGUGGGGAUCUGUCUGCAGAGAGAAGCAUCAACCUGUUCCACUGUCUGAAUGAACUGAACGAUCGGUCUCUGGUGGAGGAGGUCCAAGAGUCCCUGAGGUCUGGACGUAUCUACGCAAAUGAAAUGUCUCCUGCUCAUUGGUCGGCUCUGGCCUUCAUCUUACUGUCAUCAGAAGAAGAUCUGGAGGUGUUUGACCUGAAGAAGUUCUCAGCUUCAGAGAAGGCUCUACGGAGGCUGCUGCCGGUGGUCAAAGCCUCCAAGAAAGUUCUACUGAGUGGCUGUCACCUCUCAGGGAACAUCUGUCCACGUCUGUCCUCAGUUCUCAGCUCUCAGUCCUCCAGUCUGACAGAACUGGACCUGAGCAACAACGACCUGCAGGAUUCUGGACUGAAGCAGCUGUGUCCUGGACUGGAGAGUCCACACUGUCACCUGGAGUCUCUCAGACUGAGUGGCUGUCUCCUCUCAGAGGACAUCUGUCCACUUCUGUCCUCAGUUCUCAGCUCUCAGUCCUCCAGUCUGACAGAACUGGACCUGAGCAACAACGACCUGCAGGAUUCUGGACUGGAGCAGCUGUGUCCUGGACUGGAGAGCCCACACUGUCACCUGGAGUCUCUCAGGCUGUCAGGCUGUCUGAUUUCAGAGGAAGGAAGUUCUUCUCUGGUCUCAGCUCUGACCUCCAACCCCUCCCACCUGAGAGAGCUGGACCUGAGCUACAACCAUCCAGGAGAGUCAGCAGGGAAGCUUCUGUCUGGAAUGGAGGAUCCUCGCUGGAGACUGGACACUCUCAGGGUGGAGCCUGCUGGACAACGAUGGCUGACACCAGGUCUGAGGAAGUAUUCCUGUCAACUCACCGUCGACACAAACACAGUCCACAACAACAUCCAACUGUCUGAUGACAACAGGAAGAUGGUGUUUGAGGAGGAUCAGUCAUAUCCUGAUCAUCCAGACAGGUUUGAUCGUCUUCAUCAGCUGCUGUGUAGAGAAGUUCUGACGGGUCGCUGUUACUGGGAGGUCCAGUGGAGCGGAGGAGUUUGUGUAUCAGUGAGUUACAGAAGAAUCAGCAGGAGAGGAAACUCUGGUGACUGUUGGUUUGGAGGAAAGGAUCAUUCCUGGAGUCUGGAAUGUUAUCCAGGUGAUCAGUACUAUGUCCGUCACAAUAACAGAGAAACAUUCAUCUCCCCCUCAUCUCCAUCUUCAGACUCUGGCAGAGUAGCAGUGUACGUGGACGUUCCUGCUGGAACUCUGUCCUUCUAUGAAGUCGUCUCUGACAGACUGAUCCACCUCCACACCUUCAACACCAGCUUCUCUGAACCUCUCUGUGCUGGAUUUGGAUUCUGGUACCAGUCUAGUUCAGUGUCUCUGUGUCCAGUUUAGUCUCCAGAGUCUCCUGUCAGAGAAACUGUCUCUGCUGGAUCCUGGACUUGGACUCUGGUUCUGGUUCCUCAGUGUCUCCAUGAUGAUGAUGAUGAUGAUGAUGAUGAUGAUGAUGAUGAUGAUGAAGGAGAUGAUCACCAUUUAUCUUAAAUUUUUUGGUUUAUUGUAUUUUUAUUUGAUCUUUUUCACAUUUAAACAUUAAAUAAUUUACUGGAUGUUGAUGUUUGAUCAUACAUUAAAUUUGUAAGUACUGGAUCAGUGUGAAGAUGAAGUGAUGACUCCUCUUCCUCUCUGACCUUCAACUCCUGGGUGGAGGUCACAUGUUCUCUUGGUGCUGGUGAGGGUUUCUCCAGGAACUCCAGCUUCCUCUCACUGCUUCACCUAAAUGGAGGGAUGAGACCUGGUCUGGAUGGAU